AUGCGCAGCAGCAGCAGCAGCAGCAGCAGCAGCGGCAGCAGCGGCAGCAGCGGAUUUGGUGCCGCCCCCAGCAGCAGCAACAGCAGCAGCAGCAGCAGCAGCAGCAGCAGGCAAUCCAUCUGCUGCUUUGAAUCCUCCUCAAGCUUCAGCCUUCUGGCUGCUACUGCAGCAGAUUUGGUGCCGCCCCCAGCAGCAGCAACAGCAGCAGCUGCAGCAGCAGCAGCAGCAGGCAAUCCAUCUGCUGCUUUGAAUCCUCCUCAAGCUUCAGCCUUCUGGCUGCGGGCCUCGCCACAGAGCAGCAGCAGCAGCAGCAGCAGCAGCAGGAGCAGCAGCAGCAGCGGCACCGUGCAGUACCAUAUGACUCGUUCUGUACUCGGCCUGUUGGGUUCUGAGAAACCAACAGCAGCAGCACAAGCAGCAGCAGCAGCAGCAGCAGAAGCAGCAGAAGGAAGCACCUGGGGGCCCCCUUCUUUUCUCUUUGUUUCAGCCUUUGAGGCUGCUGGGGGCGCCGUGGCGUCUGCUGCUGCCAGCGCGAAGCAGUUCUAUGCUGCUGCUCUCGCUGCAGACGCUGCAGCAGAAACUCACAUGCAGCAGCAGCAAGAGCAACAGCAGCAGCAACAGCAGCAGCAGCAGAAACAGCAACAGCAAGCUGCUAACUCGGACGGAGCAAGAACAGCAGCAGCAGCAGCACCACCACCAACAGCAGCAGCAGCAGCAGCAGCAGCAGCAGCAAGCACGAUGUCAGUGGCUUGCGCUCUGCGGGAGUGGAGAGUGCUGCAGCAGGUGGGGGACAGCAGCAGCCGCUCCGCGCUUAUUGCUGCUGUGUUUUCUCCUUCUUUGGGGUCCCCUAGAGAGUUGCUGCUGCAGCAGAACAGCUGGGAGGUUGCAGCUGUUCCUGCUGCUGCUGCUGGGGGCUGGCAGGCGCUGCUGAGGAGAGAUGUUGCUGUUGCUGUGCUGCUGCUUGCUGCUGCUGGUGAUGCAACACCUGCAGCAACAGCAGCAGCAAUAGCAGCACCUUUUGCUGCUCCUGCUGCUCCUGCUGCUGCUGCUGCUCCUGCUGCUGCUGCUAACUCACAAGACAGCAGCAGCGAUCACCAGAUGCUGCUGGCUGCUGCGCUCCCUGCCUCGUGUGCAGCUUUGCUGCAGACGGCGGGACUGACAGCAGCAGAACUUCUCCUCGUGGUGCAGCACCUGCUGCUGCUGCAGCUGCUGCCGUUGCUGCUGCUGGCGGAUCCUAAGACUUCCUCUCUGGACAGACUUGCUGCCGCGUUGCUGCUGCUGCUGCGCUUCCUAAGGAGAGUCCCGCACCUGCAACCUCUCAGCAGCAGCAGCAGCAGCAAGAGCAGCAGCAGCAGCAGCAGCAGCAGCAGCAAGAGCAGCAGCAAACAGGAGCUUCCUGUGCUUCUGGGGGCCCGUCUAGUUGGGGAUACUUUGCUGCAGACGGCGGGGCUGACAGCAGCAGAACUUCUCCUCGUGGUGCAGCACCUGCUGCUGCUGCAGCUGCUGCCGCUGCUGCUGCUGGCGGAUCCUAAGACUUCCUCUCUGGAUAGACUUGCUGCCGCGUUGCUGCUGCUGCUGCGCUUCCUAAGGAGAGUCCCGCACCUGCAACCUCUCAGCAGCAGCAGCAGCAGCAGCAGCAGCAGCAGCAGCAGCAAGAGCAGCAGCAAACAGGAGCUUCCCGUGCUUCUUGGGGCCCGUCUAGUUGGGGAUAGUGUCUACAGGCGCGAGGCGUUGCUGCGCAUAGGAGCAGCAGAUUCAUCUCUUAUUGAUGCAGCAGCAGCAGCAAUUGCUGCUGCUGAGCCCCUUACAGAACCCCUGCAUUCACUGCAGCAGCUAUUGCCAAAGAAGGGGCUGCUGCUGUCUUGCUGCAGCAGCAGCAGCACCACAGCAUCCCCAUCCUCCGGCGCUGCAGCCUCACAAGGAGGCCCGCAGCAGCAGCUGGCGCAGCAGCACAACCACCACCACAAACAACCCCACCACCACCAGCAACAGCAGCAGCAACAGCAGCAGCAGCAGCAGCAGCAACAGCAGCAGCAGCAGCAGCAGCAGCAAUCCGCGAUAGAUACAGGAGAAGAAGGGUCUCUGGCUACCCCCUGCCACCUUUCCCUUGACAACAGCUGCAGCAGCCCCCCGGGCUCUUCUUCCCCCACAUCAGCAGAAACUGCAUCCCGCGCCCAUCAGCAGCAGCAGCAGCAGCAGCAAGAGCAGCAGCAACACCAGCAGAAAGAUCAGCAGCAGCAGCAGCAGCAGAUGCAGCAUCCACCGACCGCAGGGGCCCAGUGUCUAUCUGAUUCAUCUUACUCCUCAACAGAGGCGGAGAGGGAGGCAGCAGCAGCAGAGGGUUUAGAGGGAGAAGGCCUCAGUCUGCGGCUGGAGCAUGCAAAAGAGAUUCUGCUGCUGAACAGAAACCCCCUAACUGCUGCAGCAGCAAGCGAAGCAUCUCCUUCUGUUGCGCUGCUGCUGCGCUCCGCCCCGGCUGCAUUGGGGUUGCUGGUGGUGGAGUGUAUGUACACCUUGCUGCAGGCCAACAAACCCAACACCCCAUCGCUGCUGCAUCCAUCUGUGCUGCUGCAGCUCUGCCGCCGCGAGGCCCGUCGUGCAGCUGAAACAACAGACACAGCAGCAGCAGCAGCAGCAGCAGGAGCAGCAGGAAGAGGAGCAGCAGCAGUGGCAGCAGCAGCAGCAGCAGCAUCGCAGCAGUGCAGUUUCUCUCAUUCAGAAAGUUGCUGCUGCCUGCUGCCCCCUCAAGAGCUUCAACGCCGCAUCCUCUUUAUGCGUCGCCUCCUCGCUCGCUGCGUCUCCGCCCUCUGCUGCGAGCCAGCCUGUUUCUUGCUGCCAGCAGUUCGCUGUGCAGCAGCAGCAGCAGCAGCAGCAGCAGAAGCAGCAGGAGAAGCAGAAGCAGCAACGGGAGGAGAAGCAGCAUCUGCUGCAGCAGCUUAUGAACUAGCAGCAAAGGAAUCCUUGCUGCUGCAGGUGGCUCGGUUGGUGGUAGAUAGCGCAGGCCUGGGGAUGCAGGCGGGAGAGGAAAGCCUGGGGGCUCUGCAUGCAUGCAUGCCGUCGUUGGAUGUUGCUGCGCUGCUGCUGCCUCCUCCCUCUCUGCUGCGUGAGAGCGAGCUGCUGCUGGAGCCAGCAGCAGCAGCAGCAGAUACACGUGGUGUUGCUGAUCACUCAGAUGAUCCCUUUUCUAUCAGUUUUGUUGCUGCUGCUGACAGCAGCAACAUCUGCGUGGCUCUGUUUUUGCGGCAGCAGAUGAAAUGUCUGCUGCAGCGCAGCUCAGCUGCUGCCCUCUGCUGCUCUGCCAUUGAGAAGCAUCUGCAGCAGCUCAAGCACAACUUCUUUGGCCUCCCCAUCCCCGCCUUCGACGUGCUGGAGAACUUCGAGCUGCAGCAGACUGCAGCAGCAGCAGCAGCAACAGCAGCAGCAGCAGCAGCAGCAUCCCAGCAGCAGCGCGAGGCCUGCUGCUCUACAAAGAGCAGCGGAGCUGCGAGCGAUUUCAUCUCCUUGCUGCUGCAGCAGCUGCCUCUUGAGGCCUGGGAGCAGCUGCUUAUGCACGUCAAGCCCCUGGGUCCUUCCCUUCAGCUUCUCGUUGCUUUGCCUAUGCAUCAGCUGCUGCAGCAGCAGCAACUGCCGCAGCAGCAGCAGCAGCAGCAGCAGCAGCGCAAUAAAAACCACCACCAAAAUACCGACGAUGAGCAGCUAAAGCAGUCUAAGCUGCAGCAGCUGCUCGAUAAACUGAUCGCCAUUUUACCUUUUGCUGCUUCCUGGGAGCAACGAGUGGCCACCUCUCCUUGCUUUUUCUCUGAGGAUAGUUCUGUGCCUGAAGCAGCAGCAGCGCUGCUGACAACAGCAACAGAUGAAGUCUAUAAAACCUUCAGUGGGACCUUCUGGCGACUCGCAUGCAGACAUGUCCUCGAGCGACAGCGGCACAGCAAAGAACCAGCAGCUGCAUCCCCGAGAGUUUCCGUUUUGUUAGAUCUGGCUGCUCUCAUAUCCACAGGCUUCUCAGCCUGGCUUUGCUCUCGGCGGCAGCCGAUGCAGCAGCAGCAACUGCAGCAGGAACAGCAGCAGAAACUGCAGCAGAAACAACAGCAGGAGCUGCAGCAGCAGCUGAAAAAGGAGGGAUACGGGGCAGAAGAAAACCCAGAAGAGAUCGAAGCCGCUAUCGAUCGACUCCUACAGCGUACAGCUUGUGUUCCUCUGAAGAGCCCCUCUGAGACGCUCCUCUAUAGAAACCCCAACUUAUAA